CCUGCUCUUCUCUCAUCAUUAAUACUCCUUGUUUUACGUUCUUUUCCUCUUCAACCUUGAAACUAAAUAUGCCUCGUCUUUCCACAGCUCUGCACCUGCUGCUUUAUCUUUGCAGCUUUUUAGUACCAGCAGAAGGAGGGAAGGUCCUGGUCAUACCUGUGGAUGGCAGCCACUGGCUCAGUAUGAAGAUCCUGGUGGAGGAGCUGUUUCAUAGAGGACAUGAAAUGGUGGUUCUAGUUCCUGAGACCAGCUUGGUAAUACAUCGUUCAGAUGCAUACACCUCUAGGACCUAUAAAGUUCCCUUUACCAAGGAUGAACUGGGUGGCAGUAUAAAAAAGAUAAAGCAGCGCAUUACAAAAGCACCGCAGAUCUCAGACUUACUGGAGAACUUGGCUGGGAUCCGCAGCUUCACUGACAUGCAGGUGAAAGGAUGUGAGGCUCUGCUGUAUAACGAGCCUCUGAUGCAGAGCCUGCGUGAUGAACACUUCGAUCUUAUGCUCACAGAUCCCUUCCUUCCUUGUGGCUCCAUUAUUUCUGAGGCUUUCUCUCUUCCUGCCAUUUACUUCCUGCGUGGACUUCCUUGUGGAUUGGAUCGGGAUGCGGCUCAGAGCCCAGCACCUCCGUCCUAUGUUCCUUGCAUGUUUAUAGACAACACCGACAUCAUGACCUUUCCUCAGAGAGUCGUGAACGUGCUCAUGGCAGGUUUUGAGGGAGUCAUCUGCAAAAUACUUUUCUCCAGUUUUGAUGAACUCACCAGCAGAUAUCUUAAGAAAGAUAUUUCAUAUAGAGAAAUCCUAGGAAAAGCAGCAAUUUGGCUUCAUAGAUAUGACUUCACCUUUGAAUACCCAAAACCUGUAAUGCCCAAUAUGGUGAGAAUCGGUGGCAUCAACUGUGCCAAGAAGAAACCUCUGCCUGUGGAGCUGGAGGAGUUUGUGGAUGGAUCUGGAGAUCAUGGCUUCAUCGUGUUCACUUUGGGCUCCUAUGUGUCCGACCUGCCCGAGUAUAAAGCCAGAGAGUUUUUCGAGGCUUUUAGACAGAUUCCUCAGAGGGUUCUGUGGAGAUACACUGGCCCUGUUCUGAAAGACGUUCCUGAAAAUGUCAAACUGAUGAAGUGGCUUCCACAGAACGACCUCUUAGCUCACCCCAAGGCCAAGGUGUUCAUCACACAUGGAGGAUCCCACGGGAUCUACGAGGGGAUCUGUAACGGCGUGCCCAUGGUGAUGAUCCCGCUAUUCGGAGAACAGAAAGACAAUGUUGUCCGCAUGGUGUCACAUGGGGUGGCAGAGAGGCUGAACAUGUACGACCUGACCUCAGAGAAUCUCCUGAAGGCGGUCAGGAGAGUCAUCACCGACAAGAGCUACAAAGAGAAAAUAACAGAGCUGUCUCUGAUCCAUAAAGACCGUCCAAUCGAACCACUGGAGUUGGCCGUGUUCUGGGUGGAGUUUGUGAUGAGACAUGGAGGAGCUGAGCACCUGAGACCGGCAGCUCACCACCUCAACUGGAUUCAGUACCACAGUCUCGAUGUCAUCGGCUUCCUCCUGCUCAUUCUCACCGUCAUCGUUUACAUCACCCUCAAAACCUGUGCGUUUAGUUUUAGGAAGUGCUUCAGGAGGACUCAGAAGACAAAAGAGGAGUGACAUGGCCAAAGUGGGAUUAGGAAACUAAUCAAUUCAAUGCUGUCCAUACGGAUGAUGAUUUACAGUAUGGCUAUUAUGUUAUACUGUGAUAAUGUGAAAUAAUUACUUAUAGUGUUUUCAUCAUUUUGUGAUUUAUUUGUCAUUUUAUCCGUUGGCCCACUGUUGGACUAUUGGUGCGGCUAAAGAUAGGUUGGCCUGACGUUGGUUUAGUAAAUAAUGGCAAGGUUGAAAACUGGAAAGUGAAAAUUUAUUUAUUUAAUUAAUUAAUUAAUUGCUUUAGUUUUGUACAGCAGUUUCUCUCAAUGAUGCCAUGACAUAAGUAGUUCAUAUGAGGGUUGGUUACCAAUUUAGUACCUAAAUAACAUUGAAAGAACUAUAUCUCUAACUCAGAUUAAUGUUCUCUAAAUUAUAAAUGUUAAAUUUAAAACCACAGAGGUCAGGUGCUGCUGAUUAAGUUCUGAAGCCAAGCUCAACACAAGCUAAAAUUUUGUGCUUCCUUUGUGACACCUACCUACAGGAAAGAUAAUGUUCCUCCAAAUGAGAUGUAAAUACUCUUGGGUAAGACAUGAGUGUGUUGAGAAUUUUUGGUGGUAACAUAAAACGCAUGCGGUUAGUAGUUUUGUUGUAAUGUGGUGAGAAAGAUGUUUAGCCAUGCACUAUUAUGCUAGGAUAAUCGACCUGUUGUCAGUGAAUACAGUAGCAUAUGGAGCCAUAGCGAGGUUAGAGCCAUGGGAAUUGUUGUCCUAGUAAGUGCCCGAAAUGUUAAUAGCGUUAAGGGCUAAUAUACAGUACAUAUUGUUUUGCAUUAGGGCAAUGUUUUUGUAUGUUUAUGAGGUUUUCCAAGGUAGUUAGGUAGUUGUCAAACGUGAAACAUAUCAUUUGACGAUUUUGCUAGGUUAUUUACUGUUUAAAUUGCUGUGUUUGCUUUGUUUUAUCUCGAGAAAAAUAUGAGUGCUGUAAUACUGAAACUGUUGUUGAACUGAGUUCGGCCAAAUGUGGAAAAUGAGGCAAUGGGUACUUUGUAUGCAUGUAUGUUUGUAUGCAUUUAUUUUCAUCCACCUUGCUAAAAUAAAAAGUGGUUGUACUAGGUGUGUAUUUUGUAGUUUAAUAAUAAAAAAUCAUAAUGGUUACAUAU